UGGAAUAUCUCAAGGGGUGAGAAAGCUGAGUGCUCAGAAAAGUUUAUUCCAUACACCGCACAGUAAACCACAGUCACCUCUCGCAAAGGACCUUGGCUCUGACUAGAAUGCAUGACCUCCCAGGAACCUUUCACAGUGCUGCUUUUUAAUUGGAGGAACACUGAAGGCAGCAGUGGCUGCACUUUGUUAAGGGGAUCUUCGACAACAGGGGCUCGUGAAGGCAGGGCAAGCAGUGUGAGAGGGAGUGAAGCACACCAGGGUUGCAGGGUAGCCUCUGAGCCAAGCCGUCCACCUUUGUUUUUGUGUUGGUUUAGUUUUUUUUUUUUAAAACCAAGACCCUCUGGGACCAUGGAGAUGGAGAUGCUGGGGAAUCCAAAGGCAGAGCCUGUCAAGUCAUCCAGCAAGAUGCUUAAAGCAGCGCUUGCUGUCUUCAUAAGUGCUACUCUUGUCCUUGGAAUUGUGGUGCUGUUGGCUAUUCGAGGUAUCAUAAACUUCCAUUGUCAAGAAUACUGUCUGACGCAAGAGUGCAUUGAAGCAGCUGGCUCCAUUAUUAAUAAAAUGGACACGUCCGUACCCCCCUGUGACGAUUUCUUCCAGUAUGCCUGCGGAGGAUGGCUGAAGGAGAACCCCAUCCCAGAAGAUGCCUCCAGCUACGGCAUUUACCCGUGGCUGAGACAGAACGUGGACCUCAAGCUGAAAGAAUUGCUGGAGAAACCUACAGACACAGUAAAAGACAUUGAAGCAAUACAGAAGGCAAAGGUCCUCUAUCGCUCCUGUAUGAAUGAAACUGCCAUUGAGAUGGAGGACGCCAAGCCUCUGAUGAAGCUACUGAGGCAGCCCUCCCUCCGCUGGCCUGUGCUGGGAAACAGUCACGGCUCCCAGUGGGCUUGGGAGGAGCAGAAGUUCAGCCUGGUGCAGACGCUGGCUCAGCUGCGCGGCCAGUACAGCAGCUCUGUGCUGCUCCGCAUGUACGUGUCCACCGACGACCAGGACUCCAGCCGGUACAUCAUCAAGCUGGACCAGGCGCCUUUAGCUCUGUCAUCCAGGGAGGAUUACCUUGAUAACAGCACAGAGGCAAAAGCAUACAGGGAUGCCCUUUUGAAGCUGAUGAUUGACUCUGCGGUCCUGUUGGGAGCCAAUUCCUCCGAGGCGGAGACACAGAUGAAGGAAGUGCUGCAGCUGGAGACGAGGCUGGCUGAGAUCCUGAUUCCAUUUGAAAACAGAACCUCAGAGACGAUGUACAAUAAGUACAGUUUAUCUCGACUGCAGAGAACUGUGCCAAAGUUUGACUGGCUGGGGUACAUCAAAGCAGUGAUGGACACCAAACUGUACCCAGAACUGAAAUCUAUAAAUGCUUCAGAGCAUGUGAUUGUACGAGCUCCCCAGUACUUCAAGGACCUCUUCAAGCUUCUCGAGACAACGGAGAAAAGGACUGUCGCUAACUACCUCGUCUGGUCGCUCGUUUACACCCGGAUCAACAGCCUCAGCCGUCGCUUUCUCUACAGGUUUCAGGAUUUUUCACGGGUGACUACUGGCACCACCUCCUUGACUCCCAGGUGGGAUAAGUGUGUGAACUAUGUUGAGAACACCCUGGCCUACGCCUCGGGGAGGAUGUUUGUGGACCAGCACUUCCAGGAGGAUAAGAAACACAUGAUGGAGGAGCUCAUUGAAGGAAUCCGAUGGGCUUUUAUAGACAUGCUGGAUAAAGAGAAUGACUGGAUGGAUGAAGAAACGAAAAGCAAAGCAAAAGACAAGGCUCAUGCAGUCCUUGGAAAAGUAGGAUAUCCUGAUUUUAUUAUGAACGACACCUACGUGAACGAAGACAUUAAACAGCUGAGUUUCUCUGAGAAGGAUUACUUUGGGAAUGUGCUGCAAACCCUUCGAUUCAAAGCACAGUCUGAUUUUGGCUGGCUUCGCACACAAGUCCCCAGGACACAGUGGUUUACCAACCCCACCACUGUCAAUGCUUUCUACAGCUCUUCCACCAAUCAGAUUAGGUUCCCAGCUGGAGAACUUCAGAAGCCUUUCUUUUGGGGAAUGCAAUACCCUCGGUCCUUAAGCUACGGAGCUAUCGGAGUGAUCGUUGGACACGAGCUCACACAUGGGUUUGAUAACAAUGGUCGGAAAUAUGACAAGGAUGGAAACUUGCAUCAGUGGUGGACCAACACAUCCAUUGCAAACUUCAACCAGAAGACCCAGUGCAUGAUCGACCAAUACAACACUUACCACUGGAAGGAAGCUGGCUUGAAUGUGAAAGGGAAGAGAACACUGGGAGAGAACAUUGCAGAUAAUGGAGGGAUCAGGGAAGCUUUCAGGGCCUAUAGGAAAUGGAUUGAUGAGGAGAGAUCAGGGAAAGAUGAGCCUCUCCUGCCUGGGAUUGGAUUAACAAAUAACCAGCUCUUCUUCCUCAGCUUUGCACACGUGAGGUGUAAUGCCUACCGACCUGAAGCUGCAAGAGACCAGAUUCAGAGUGGAGCUCAUAGUCCUCCUCGGUUCAGGGUUAUUGGUGCAAUGAGCAACUUUGAAGGGUUCAGAAAAGCCUUUAACUGUCCAGAAAGUUCGACCAUGAACCGCGGCUCAGAAUCGUGCCGUGUCUGGUAGCGCUAACUGCGACUGUUUUACACCACCAAUGCAAAUCAAAAUGAGAGAGAGGGGGUUAAGAUUCACUGACAAAAAUAUUCAUAACCAAUUUACAACAGCCUAUGCUUUAAGACAGUUUGUAGAUGUGAUGUGAGCUGUAUUCUUCUGCAAUCAGGAAUAAUGUGCCAUGUUUCUUAAACAGAAGCACAGACUGCAGACUGAGGGGCAAGGGGGAGUGAAUAAUUGCAUUCUAAAAGAAAUUUUAAAUACUGUGAUUCCGUGCUGUGACAGUCACGUCCCUGUGUCACUGUAUGUUGGAAUAGGCGUCUACAUUCCAUUACGUGUCCUUUGAAAUGCAAAGCAUCGCAACUACGUUUCCAUGCCCUCUCUCAACGUAGUGCAUUGGAUUUCUCAGAAACCCCACUGACUAACCUAUUUGCUUAUUUCAUUGAAAAUUACUUGGCAGUCCUUUUUUUUUUUUGUUCUCAACCAAAUCCGAAGAGGGCUUUUUGCAAUAAACAGCGUCAUUGUGUUCCAGAGACGCUACAGUACAUGAGCAAUAAGAAGAAGAAGCUAGGACAGCUGUGUAACGGCUAAAAGCCAGGAGCCCUGUCCCCCAGUCUGUUUGCAAAUGUGGGGUAACUUUGAGG